AUGGAUUUUUCAUUUGAAGAAUUGGCUUUAAUUGCUAUUGCUUUAGAUGACGAAGAAGCUACGGCCGUCAAGAGGAAAAGAAGAUUUUCUGUACACCCUACAUGGCAGAAUAGAGAACAAGAAGGAGAAUACCACACUCUCUACAAAGAACUUUUGGAUGAUGAGUCUCAAUUUUACAUGUAUUUUCAUUUGACAAAAGAAUGUUUUGCUUUACUGGAAAAUAAGCUAAACCUUUAUUUACUUAAGAAAACCACUGUUAUGAAAACAGCUAUAACACCCCGAGAACGAUUGGCUGUAUAUUUAAGGUAAUAAACAUAUUUUUAUUACUUUUUAGCUUUUGCUAGCUUUUUUUUCGCGGUAAAAAGUAGCCUAUAUCACUCUCCAGCCUCCCAACUAUCUCCACACAAAAAAUCAUACCAUAACGACGCUCCGUUGCGACGUGAAAGAAGGACAAACACAUUUUCCCAUUUAUAAUAUUAGUAAGGAAGUAAGGAUAGGUAAAAUUAAAAUAUAUCUUAAAAUUAUCUCAAUCAUUAGCUGUAUUGUACUGGGAGAAAUAUAAUUGUAUUGACUCCGACGUUGAUUGUUCAGAAGGCGAAGAUGCUAAAAUAACAGGAGUUGAUGGUGCUGAUGAAGGCGAAGGAGAAGACAAAAUAAUUUGUGUAGAUGACGAAGACGUUAGAUUUUCAGUUAAAUGUUGAAGCUCUAAAUCGUGGAUCACUUUAA